UAAUAUUAAAUUUUCUCAAUGUUCAGAUGCCGCCACGUAGGGAGCCCGAUCAUCAGGUUCCUACUCAGGCUAUGGUAGUCGCUCAGUUCCGCGACUAUCACGCCGAAAAGUUCUCAGGACAGGGAGACCCCCGCAUCGUUGAUGAAUGGAUUCAGGGGUUGGAUUUUAUCUUUGAGGUUAUGGAAUUCCCCGAUAGGUAUCGCGUAGUUUGCGCUCAGCUUCAGCUCACUGGUGAUGCAAGGCUCUGGUGGAACGCCUACUGGAGCAUGCGUCCCGGUGAAAAGGCGGGUUGUACAUGGGACAUGUUCAAGGAGUUAGUCCGCGACAAGUACUACCCUUCCUACUAUCGGGCAGAAAUGGAGCGCCAGUUCUUAGCGCUUCAGCAGGGUACUCGUACAGUCGAUGAGUACGAGCGAGAGUUCACCAGACUUGCAGGUUUUGAACCGGAUCUUGUUCGCACGGAGGCCCAGAGAGCACAGCGGUUCAUUGACGGACUUUACCCAGCAGUCCGUCAUAACAUCGUGGGACACGGGACUCAGACGUACGCUCGGGAGAGUGUCGUGCUAGACAGGACAUCUGUUAUUAUUGCCAGGAGCCGGGACAUUUUGCGAGUUGUUGCCCGAAGAAACUCCAGCAGCAGCCUCAGCAGCCACCACAGCAGCAGCAGCCACGACAGCAGGCACAGAGGCCGCCUCAGCAGCAGCAGCAGAGGGGCAGGCAGCAGGCCAGGGUUUAUGCAGUUGAUCAGGCCGAGGCCGCUCAGCAGCCAGCAGUGGCCUCAGCAGCCUCAGCAGCCACCACAGCAACAGCAGCCACGACAGCAUGCACAGAGGCCGCCUCAGCAGCAGCAGCAGAGGGGCAGGCAGCAGGCCAGGGUUUACGCGGUUGAUCAGGCCGAGGCAGCUCAGCAGCCAGGUACUAUGUCGGGGAUGGUUGUUCUCAAUGAUAUUCCUGUGUUCGCUUUAUUUGAUACUGGAGCGACGCAUACUUUCAUUUCACGACGAUGUCUCGAUGCCAUCGGAGUUCACGCCGUUACCGCUGUCGAUCCUCUCGAGGUGAGUUUAGCCUCGGGACGAAAGAUAGUGACCUCAGCUAAAGCCUCAGAUCUUAGCCUUUCCAUCGGUGGCCGAGUAUUGACUGCCGACGCGUUUGUUCUCGAGAUGAGAGACUUCGAUCUUAUUCUCGGGAUGGAUUGGCUAUCCUUCUAUCAUGCUGACAUCAGGUGUCAUGACCGGGAGAUCACUCUCUAUCUUCCGGGAGACGAAUCGAUUACUUUCUUCGGCUCCAGGAAUCGUUCACUACCUCAGGUUGUUUCGAUGGCGAAAGCCACUAAGUUAUUGCGACGAGGCAACUGCCAGGGUUAUCAGGUAAGCCUUGUCGACGAUUCUCAGAAAGCGCGAACACCUCAUGAUCUUCCAAUUGUUCGCGAGUUUGUGGACGUGUUCCCAGACGAGCUUCCAGGAGGACCGCCCAACCGUCAGGUGGAGUUUUCUAUCGACCUUAUCCCAGGGGCCGGUCCAGUAUCCAAAGCCCCAUAUCGCAUGGCGCCUAAGGAGUUGCAGGAGCUUAAGACUCAGAUUCAGGAGCUGUUACGACUCGGUUUUAUCCGACCGAGCGUGUCACCUUGGGGAGCACCCGUUCUCUUUGUCAAGAAGAAGGACGGAUCUAUGCGCAUGUGUAUCGACUACCGGGAUCUUAACCGGUUGACGAUCAAGAAUAAGUAUCCGCUUCCCAGGAUCGACGACUUAUUUGAUCAGCUGAGGGCAGCCUGUGUAUUUUCGAAGAUUGAUUUACGAUCAGGCUACCACCAGCUGAAGAUUAAGGAGUCAGACAUCGCUAAGACCGCUUUCAGGACUCGUUACGGCCAUUACGAGUUUGUCAUCAUGCCUUUCGGUCUCAACAAUGCGCCAGCAAUUUUUAUGGACCUCAUGAACCGUAUUUUCCAUCCCUACCUCGAUCAAUUCGUUAUUGUCUUUAUUGACGAUAUCCUUAUCUACUCGAAGAGACAGAAGGAGCAUGAGGAGCAUCUGAGGGUGGUUCUUGAAACCCUCAGACGAGAAAAGUUGUACGCCAAAUUCUCCAAAUGCGAGUUCUGGCUUCAGCGAGUAUCUUUCCUGGGUCAUGUGAUUACUCAGGCAGGCAUCGAGGUGGAUCCUUCUAAGGUAUCAGCUGUUCAGAACUGGUCGACACCGAGGAGUUCGUCCAAGGUUCGCAGUUUUCUCGGUUUAGCUGGUUACUAUCGCAGAUUCAUCGAGGGCUUUUCUAAGAUCGCCCUCCCUCUAUCCCAGCUGACGAGGAAGUCUGUGAAGUUCGACUGGACUGACCGAUGUGAGGCGAGCUUUCAAGAGCUCAAGAGGAGAUUAACUUCAGCACCGGUGUUGACUAUUCCCGAUCCUUCUCGGAGUUUCACUAUCUUCAGCGAUGCUUCGAGACAGGGCUUGGGAUGUGUCCUUAUGCAGGACGGCCAGGUCGUCGCGUAUGCUUCACGUCAGCUUAAGCCUCAUGAGCAGAACUAUCCUACGCACGACUUGGAGUUAGCAGUAGUCGUUCAUGCCCUGAAGAUCUGGCGACAUUAUCUUUACGGCGGACGCUGCGAGAUUUUCACAGACCAUAAGAGCUUGCAGUAUAUCUUCACGCAGAAGGAGCUUAAUAUGAGACAGCGCCGUUGGCUCGAACUGGUCAAAGAUUAUGAUUGUUCUAUCCAGUAUCAUCCUGGAAAGGCGAACGUCGUCGCAGAUGCCCUAAGCCGAAAG